CCACCUCUGGGAGUCUGCUGGCUCCUGCGCUCACGUCUCCCUCAACUCCAGUCCAGGGUUUGUAUGAAGGGAGCUGCGACCCAAAAUGAGAGGGAUUCUCGUCCUGGUUACUUUGGCCUGCAUUGCCAGCGCUCAGCAUCAAGCACUGAUUGACUACUUGGAGAGGAGGCUGCUUGCUAUAGAGGACAGGAUCACUCUGUGGCAGGAACAGACCACUCGUUAUGCCUCCGAGCUGCGGGAGCUGAAGCAGCAGAUGGUUUCUCAGCUGGAGAGUCUGGACAAAGAGAAGGAAACGCUGAGAACCAACCUGGACGGCGUGGGGACGAGGGUGGACCGGGUGGAGCGGGAGCUGGACUACCUGGAGACGCACAACGGGGCCCAGCCGUGUGUGGACGUGGAUGACAAGCUGAUAGAGCAACAAGUGACUCUGGUGACAGAGAAGCAGAAGACCAAAUACUUCAAACUCACAG